AUGUCUCCUUCCGCGAUCGUGCCGCAGUCUGACCAGACAGCGCCUGCCAACGGCCACACCAACAAUGGUCAAGUUGAGCAGAGUGUCGAGAAUCCUGUCUAUCUCACCACUGAGCCAAAAGAGGACUUUGAUUGGAAGAUUUCUCUGAAGGGCAAAGUAAUCGCCAUUACCGGGGCAAACAGAGGUAUCGGACUUGGUCUCGCGACAGUAUGCCUUGCGAACGAUGCGGCUGAAAUCUACUCCCUGGACCUCUUUGAACCCGGUGAGGAGUUUCAAGCGCUUCAGAAGGCCAACCUCAAACGCGUACACUACCUGCACUGCGAUGUCACCUCUGAGGAAAGCGUCACCAAGGCUAUCGACCAGAUUGUUGCUCAGUCGGGCCGUAUCGAUGGUAUGAUCGCGAACGCAGGGAUGACCAAACAUCAGCCCGCACUCGACUUCGACCGCCCACAGCUUGAGCAGCUUUUCAACCUAAACGUUUUCGGCGCGUACUUUUGCGCAACGGCAGCCGCGAAGAAAUUCAUCGAGCUUGGUAUCAAGGGGUCCAUCGUCUUCACAGCGUCCAUGACAUCGUACCGGCCAAACAGGGCAGCACCCUCAGCACCGUAUGGAGGGACCAAGGGCGCUGUCCGCAACAUGGCGCAUACUCUUGCAAUGGAGUGGGCGAAGCAUGGAAUUCGUGUCAAUUCGAUAUCGCCGGGUUUCGUACGCACACAGAUGACGUACUAUGUUGAGAGGGCGCCCGACUGGAACUUGAAGAUGCAGUACUAUGGCGGUAUGCCUAGAUUGGCCGAUCCUCGAGAACUUGGUGGUGCCCUUACUUGCAGACGAAGGAGGGUGAAAUGCGAUGAGCUAAGGCCACGAUGCGCGACAUGCAGCAAAUCCGACAGAGAAUGUCUAUGGCCGUCGCCAAAUGAUCCUUCUGGGGCCACAGCAAGCAACGCAUCUGGUUCCGUGCAAUCAGAAACUUCGCCGGCGCAGGAUGGUUCCUCUGCUGCUGCCACGUCUCCAGCGCCUGCUAGACGACGGAUUCCAAGUGAAAUCGAUCCUCAACUCUGGAACAACUCGCCUGAGCUCCUGUUCGACUCCCCAUCAACCAUCAUCAAUUCGUUGCCUUCGCCAAAUUCGGCACCUCUAGCCUACUACGACCUGCUUGCCGAAGAUGCCAUCAACAAUAUUGAUAAGUACAACCUUAACGUGGAUCUAGACAGGAACAAUUUGUCUAGACAACAAAGUCCUGUCGCGGAAACACCAAAUUUCGGCGCACAGCUGCCCUCGAACCAGCGAGCACCAGAGGUCGAAUCAUCGGCAAAUGAGCAAUGGAACUCUAUUGACAUCAUACCUAUGUCUGACGACGAGCUUGUGCUUUUUCAGCACUACAUCACCGUCAUUGGACCUAUCUUGGACCUAAACGACCCUUCCAGGCAGUUUACGGAAACUGUUCCUUCCUUGGCUGUCCAUAACGUGGGCCUCCUGAAAUCUCUACUCGCUGUGUCGGCACGACACAUGGCACUCCUGAAUGAGCCACAACUUCGUCGACUGAACAUACAACAUCAAACCCCAGAUAUCGACGCUAGCAUGAUUGGAAACCUUCAAAGUCCUCUAUUACAGUUGGCAACACAAUAUUACUAUGAGACUUUACAGUACCUAUCCAAGAACCUCUUCUAUCCUUCCUACAAUAAGUCUAGGGAGAUUAUAUCAACAUCUAUUCUCAUCAGUACGUAUGAGAUGUGGGACUCUGAAGGUCAAUACAGUAAUGGAGCCUGGGAGAGACAUCUUCGUGGUAUAUUCUGGAUACAGAGGAGCCAAAACAACAAUGGAGAGUGCAAAGACCCACUCCGGAGAGCUGCCUGGUGGCAAUGGUUACGCCAAGAUACUUGGGUCGCAUUCCGCGAAGGACGACGGGUUCUGACUAUUUGGAGACCGACCAAGCGGUUGAUGGACCUGAGCCCGGACGAACUAGCUUUGCGAAUUGUGUACAUAUGUGGAAGAUGUGUAGACUAUGCCGCAAACGAAAAGAAGUACGACUUGAAUACGCGUAUCGACCAAGCUGGAAAGCUUCUGCAAGCGCUGGAGGACUGGCAUCGGGCGCUUCCAAUAUCCUUCCAACCCAUUCACCGAGGACUGCCGCCUGGACCUGGUGCCAUGUUUACGCCCAUCUGGAUCCAUCCUCCUUCGUACGCAGCUGCCAUCCAAACAUUUCAUUUUGCGAGAAUCAUUGUUCUUAUCAACCAGCCUUCAUUGGGAGGUGUAGACGAAUUUCGGAUUCGACAACGCAGCCUGGACGAAAGUGUAGACUUGAUCUGUGGUAUUGCCAUAACACAUCAAGGCAGAGAAAUUCCGAGUGCCAUGGUUAACUUCAAGUCCGUAUAUGCUGCUGGUUUAUGCGUUCAAAAUCCCGUGAAGCAAACGGCUAUCUUGAAUCUUCUCGACCAGACGCUCGACAUCACCAAGUUUCCACCAAAGACGCUACUUAACGAUCUUACCAGCUAUUGGCGGGCCGAAUCAUGA